AUGAAGAUUUCGGAUACUCACAUCUAUUAUUGUUAUCUAUAAUUCUCAAACUAAGGAUAAUUUUCAUAAUAGAAAUUUACUAUUUAUGAUUCUUAUUUGACUAUAUAAGUAAAAUAAAUAUUAAUAAUCCAAGAUUGGAAAAAUAGAUGAACUAAAGGUUGAAUAUUGUUCACAAGAUGUGGUUUUUGAAUGGAAACUAGAGUAUAAAUUCAAUUUUAUUUUAGAGAUCCCAAUUAAUGUGAAGUAAUUGUUUUUACUGAAAAUUAUUCAUAUACUUUUCUAGGAUCAAAGAAAACAAUAUAAAAUCUAAAAUAAUAUCUUGAUGGAAAGGUAUUUUAUGGAAAUUUCAUAUCCCAAUACUAAGAAAUUUAAAAAUUAAAAAAAAAUAAAUAAGGAGAAGUAAUAUAUAACAUUAAGUUUAGAUUAUCAAAUAUUAUAGUAAAUAUUAGAAUAUAGAAGUCAUAGCCAAGAUAUUUAAUUUUACUAAAAAUCUAGAGAGACAUUCAAAGGUAUGUUUUUAUUUAAUCAAAGAAACUUAUAUUCAAUGAAUUAAGAAUUUGUUAAUACUUAAGUUAAUACAAUUAAGAAUCUAUUUUAAAAUUAAGAGAGUUUUACCUAGAGAAGGAUAAGAUUAUUUUAAUUUUUGAUUAUUGUGAAGGUGGUACAUUAUAUUCAUAUAUGGCCUAAAACAAUUUCUGCCCUUCAUUUAUAGAUAUAAGAAAAAUCAUGAAGAAAUUACUAUUAGCAAUUAAGUUUCUUCAUAAACAUAACAUAAUGCAUAGAGAUAUUAAAAUGGAUAAUAUAAUGUUAUUAGAAAAUAACAAUCCUAAUUCAAUUUAAGUUAUUGAUUUUGGAUUCUCUACAUUUAUAGAUGACCUACCAUACCUUAUAGAAAGAUGUGGAACUCCUGGUUAUAUUGCACCAGAACUCUAUUCUGAGAAUCCUUAUGACGAAUUGAUAGAUAUUUAUAGUCUUGCUUAGAUAUUUUUUACAUUAUUAACAGGAAGAAAAUUCGCAUAUGAAUCUCAUUCAUUCAAGACGUUUGCUCAACUUCAUAAAAAAUAAUAAAGUAUAAUAAGAGAAUCAACAAAAAAUGAAAUCAUUGUAGAUUUAUUUUAAAAUAUGACAAAUUCUCCAGAAAAGAGGUAUAAUUCAAUAUAAUGUCUUAAUCAUUAAUAUUUUGAAAAGACAUCAAAAAUUAAACAGUAGUAAAAUAUAAUAAUAUCAUCUUUAGGUUAACAUGUCUGAAGUUUCCUUUAUUAAAAACUCCAUUCUAAUUAAUUAAAUUGAAAGAAUAGUAAUCAUAAAAAGACCAUCAAGAUAGAUUCAUUAAUUAAAAAUGA